UACAAACAAAAGAAAGACCACACAAAACCGACAGAAAAAGAAAACUAAACAAUCAAGAAAAAAUGGAAGCAAUCACAGAGAGAAGAGUCGGGGUGGCGAUUGAUUUCUCAGAGUGCAGUAGAAAAGCUUUAAAAUGGGCGGUGGAUAACAUUGUCCGUGACGGGGAUCAUCUUAUUCUCGUUACUGUUCGCCCCGAAGGCUACUAUGAAGAAGGCGAGAUGCAGCUCUGGGAAGUCACCGGAUCCCCUUUAAUUCCCCUGCAUGAAUUUUCUGAUCCUGCUAUGAUGAAGAAGAAAUAUGGAUUCAAGCCUGAUCCAGAAACUCUUGACAUAAUUAACACUGUUAAGAACCAGAAAGAGAUUGUUGUGGUUACUAAGAUUUACUGGGGUGAUGCUCGUGAGAAGAUAUGUGAAGCUAUUGAUAAGACUCCUUUGAGCUGUCUUAUUAUUGGGAACAGAGGUCUUGGCAAGCUUAAGAGGGCUAUAAUGGGCAGCGUUAGCAACUAUGUGGUGAACAAUGGAACAUGCCCUGUUACAGUUGUGAAGAUGUAUGACCAUGAAACCUAGGCCGUUCCCUUUGCUCCUUAAUAAAUAAUGAAAGUGCAAACAUUGUCGGCUUUAGAUGAGCUCGGUUUUUCUGCUCAAUAAACUCCUUGCUUCAGUUCGAUGUGUGGUUGUAUUUUAGUUAAGGUGAUCAAGUUUGUAGUCGGUUUAUGACAUAUGCGAGUGUGAGUUUGUGUCUGAGCAAUUUCCUGGUAAUUCAACUCCUGUGAGUUUGUGUCUGAGCAAUUUCCUCGUAAUCCAACCCCUGUGAUUAUAAUCCUCUAGGUAGUAGCCAGAGUGACUGAUCAAAUGUUAUCCAGCAACCACUAGGAUGUUUACAAUGUACUAGUUUAUAAAUUUUUGUUCAA